AUGGCCUUGCGCCUGGGCGGGCUGAGCGCGGGCUCGUGCUGGCGAGCGGCGCGGGGCGGCGGCGGCGGGCUGAGCGCCGGGGCCGGGAGCCGCGCGGCGGGACGCACCUGCCGGCCGCCGGGCGCCGCGGGCCGGGAGCCGAGCCGGGGCCUGGGGCACAGCCCGGCGGCGAGAGGAGGCCCCCGGCCGGGCACCGGGCUGAGCGGGGCGCUGGCCGGGCUGGCGGGGCUGGCGGGGCUGGCGGCCGCCGCCUUCGGGCGCGCGGAGCGGGCGGAGGCGGAGCCCAGGAGCCGGGGGCCGCGGAGCCCGUCGCCGGGGAGGCGGCAGGACGGCGACGACGACGACGACGACGACGAGCUGGGCCGCCGCUGCCGCUGCUUCAUGGCGCCGCCGGUGACCGCCCUGCGCGAGCUGCGGGCCAGGCCGGGCGACAUGAAGACCAGGAUGGAGCUGCUGGUGCUGGAGACGCAGGCGCAGGUGUGCCGGGCGCUGGCGCAGGUGGACGGCGGCGCCCGCUUCUCCGUGGACCGCUGGGAGAGGAAGGAAGGAGGUGGUGGCAUCAGCUGUGUACUUCAAGAUGGGCAUGUUUUUGAAAAGGCUGGGGUGAGCAUUUCUGUUGUUCAUGGGAAUCUUUCUGAGGAAGCAGCAAAACAAAUGAGAAGCCGAGGAAAAAAUCUGAAGACUAAAGAUGGUAAAUUGCCAUUUUCAGCUAUGGGCGUGAGCUCUGUUAUCCACCCCAAGAAUCCUCAUGCGCCUACUAUCCAUUUCAACUACAGAUACUUUGAAGUAGAAGAAGCCGACGGUAACAAGCAGUGGUGGUUUGGCGGUGGGUGUGACCUUACUCCAACAUACUUGAACCAAGAGGAUGCUGUCCAUUUUCACAGAACUCUGAAGGAGGCCUGUGACCAGCAUGGUCCUGAUCUCUACCCUAAAUUUAAAAAAUGGUGUGAUGACUACUUUUUUAUAGUCCAUCGUGGGGAGAGGAGGGGCAUCGGGGGCAUCUUUUUUGAUGACCUUGACUCUCCAUCCAAGGAGGAAGUGUUUCGCUUUGUGCAGAGCUGUGCCCAGGCUGUUGUUCCUUCUUAUAUUCCUCUUGUGAAAAAGCACCACAAUGACUCUUUCACGCCCCAGGAGAAGCUAUGGCAGCAGCUCCGGAGAGGACGGUAUGUAGAAUUUAACCUGCUGUAUGAUCGGGGGACAAAGUUUGGCCUCUUCACUCCGGGAUCCAGGAUCGAAAGCAUCUUGAUGUCUUUACCUCUAACCGCGCGAUGGGAGUACAUGCAUUCACCCCCAGAGAACUCCAAAGAAGCGGAAAUUCUAGAAGUUCUGCGCCAUCCGAGAGACUGGGUGCAUUGAUGCAUGCGGAGUGGCCUUCCUGGGGCUUGGGGGACACAGAAUGUGUGCUGGCGGCGUUGCCACCGUGUGGCAGUUAAUAACCUGUGUCCUGGAGCUCCAGUCUUCGCUCUGCGGUCUGCUUCCUGGGCAGAUGCUGACAUGUGUUUUAAGUACCACAAGUUUCCAUUGGAAGCUGCCGGUGACAGGUGGUGAGAUGGCAGCUUGUCAGAGUCCGUUGGUUGAUACAAAACUCAUUUAUACUUUUAGGAUCAUUUUAUAUGACUAGUUUACAAAAUAUGAAAUUGAGUUUCUAAGUGUUGAGUUAAGGGACUCUAAAUAUAGUGUCAGGAAACUUCUCAUGCUGUUUCCAUUUCAGAUAUUUUUUAAAGUUUUAGUUUCUGCCACAAAAAUCUGUUGCGGGAUAGAUUUUAUUUUCCAUUCAGUGAAGUUAAGACUUAAUAAUUAGAAAGCAGCUUGAAAGGAAGGUAAAAUUUUACUUUGUUGUGACUGAAGUUUCGUUGAACAUGAUCUUUAUAUAUCAUGAUAUUGUAAAAUGUUCAUUUUUAUGAUAUUUAGAACACUUGAAAUUUUCUUAAUAUCUGCAUGUGUUACAAUUCAGUGAUUGUAGUUGUUAACUCUGAAGUAAUAUCACUGUUACUUAAGGGACAUCUAAGAUGUGGUUCUGAAUUUUGAAGAACUAUAAUUUGUUAAUGUUGGAUUCUCCGCACUUUUGAAUGUGAAAGCUUAUAACCCUGGAGUCUGAUAUUUAUAAUUUCCUAUUCCAGACUUUUCUAUAUGGAAGUUUAAGAACAAUCCUGGGGAUAUGAGUUAGGAAGUGUUUCUCAUUUAGGAAAUGAGAAUUAUUUUCCUUCGUUAUUUAAAGUCAACUAGUGUGAGAAGCAGGUAGAUGUUUAAUAAACAUAUUUCUUUGUAAGAUGGACUAAAAUCAUCCUCUUUUUAAAUUAGAGAUUCCAUAGCUCUUUGCUCUUAAGAGAAAACCACAACAGAAUUCUUAAUGGGGCUUCUUUGUUCAUCUAAUAUGAGUGUUUUUUUUUUUUUUUUUUUUUUUAGUGUAUCUUAUUUUACAUAAUCUAUUGAAAUUUAGGAGGAAUAGUUUCUUCCUACAUAUUAUUAAGCAUUAUCUUGGAAUAUGUUAAAUGUAUGUGAUUAUGUGUGUGACUUUUUAGGGCUGGAAAGUGUAUGAACUCUUCAACCAUCUUACAAUAGAUCCUCUGAUAAAUUUUAUUGUGAAAUAUAGCUAAGAUAGGUUUGUAUUUUUAAUUUUUUUAAGGAUACCUGAUGUAAGGAAGUUAAAUAUUCUUUAGUACUAAAACCAUCGUUCCUCAUUUUUAGGUAUUUUACCCCAAAAAAUAUGUUUUGCACUCAGAUUUCUAGAGCAGCUUUACUCCCGUUUCCAAAACUUGGAAACAACAGAAAUGCCUAUUAACAGAUGACUGGAUAAGCAAAUGAUGAUACAUCAAUAUGUGAAAAUACUACUCAUCGGUGAAAAGCAACAACUACUUGGGCAGACAGCAAGAUGGCAUUAUGCCAAGUGAAAGAAGCCAGACACAAAAGAGAACUCACUGUAGGAGUACACUAUGUGAAAACCUAGAAAAGCCAAAAUUCAAACAAAAGAAAGUGCGUCAGUGGUUGCCAGGGCUAGAACUGGGGAAUUGGUUUUGGAAGGGAACAAGAGAAUAUUUGAAGAGGAUGGAAAUGUUCUCUAUAUUGAUUGUGGCAGUGAUUACUAGGCUGUUCACGUUUAUCAAAACUCAUCGACCGUCACACUUGAAAUCAUGGAAUUUUAUUGUAUGUAUGAUUUAUACUUUAAUAAAGCUGAUAAAAAAAUAUAGGCAUGUAGGAACAAAUGGUCAAAUAAACCUGUUUACUUUUUACAACAAAAA